AAACACUUUGGCUGUAGGAUCAGGAUGAUUAACCUCUACUAAAAGCAGGGGCAAAAGCAUAAAUUGUCAAGAGCUCUGGCCUCGUUGGUAAUUCAGGUUUUAGGAUCAGAAGACUGUCGCCUUAUGAAAGAUGUCAUAAGAAUCGGUUCCGAUCUCUGAACGCUCCGCCGGGGCAGCGAACAUGGCGAGAAGUCUCAGGAACAGAAACGCCGUGCAUCUCCUGACUCGCGUUCUGAACUCAGUGAGUCCAUGUUCCGUCACCAGCAUGAGGUCCCUGCAAACCUUAGCCUAUGAGGAGGUCCGAGCUCCUCCGACUGACAAGCCCUACACCUCGACAGCUUUCGUGCUCCACGGCCUCCUAGGUUCCGGGAGAAACUGGAGAUCCUUCUCUCGCACCCUCGCGUCCUCGCUCUCCGAUUCCUCUCCGCCAAGCGAGUGGAGAAUGGUCCUGGUUGACUUGAGGAACCAUGGGAAGUCGGCUGAGCUGGAAGGCUUCGAUCCGCCUCAUGACAUGUACAAUGCGGCCAAGGAUUUGGCCAAUCUGGUGGAGUCUCGGGGCUGGGAGUGGCCUGACGUUGUGAUGGGGCACUCCAUGGGCGGUAAAGUUGCUCUCCAAUUUUCUGAGAGCUGUGCUCGCGGUGAUUAUGGCGAAUCUGCUGCAUUGCCUAAACAGCUGUGGGUGCUGGAUUCUGUGCCUGGAGAAGCCAAGCGUGAAGGUAGUGACGGAGAAGUGGAGAAGGUUUUGGAGACCUUGCAGAAGUUACCUUCAUCAUUUCCAUCACGAAAGUGGCUAGUGAACCACAUGCUCGAGCUUGGUUUCUCGAAGUCACUGUCGGACUGGAUAGGAAGCAACCUCAAGAGAUCUGGAGAUCAAGAAACAUGGGCCUUUAAUCUUGACGGUGCCGUGCAGAUGUUCAAUUCAUACAGGGAGACAUCUUACUGGUCUCUGCUGGAGAAGCCACCAAAGGGGAUGGAGAUUUCAGUUGUGCGUGCAGAGAAGAGUGACCGGUGGGAUCCCGAAACGACUCAGCGUCUUGAGAGCCUUAGCAGUCGGGGUGAAGAUGAAUCUCGAGGGAAGUUCUCGCUUCAUCUUCUUCCAGAUUCAGGCCACUGGGUCCAUGUGGACAACCCGAAGGGACUCCUCGAGAUUGUGGCUCCUAGGAUCCAUUCCUUCUCAUUCUAGACCUCGUUUGCUUUGACGAGAUGCUGAGAUACUUGACAGGAUCAAUUUCAAUCACCCAGUGUCUUUGUUUGAAAUUUCUAUCUGUAGUUACUGGUUCACCCCGGAAAUUAUGUGUCGGGUUACUCGGAUGCAAUAAGGAACGGAGACUCCUGUACUCAAUUUUUACAUUGACAAACACAGAUUUAAUAUAUUUCUCACCCCUUUACUGUUC